UUACAGGGUGUGCGAGUGCACACCCUGCCCCCCCCCAAAUGGCGCCCCUGUACAAGAGUUUAUUUUAUUAACUAUUAUUAAUAGUAAUUAAGUAAUUUAUCAGAUUGUAUUCGACGACCGUGUGUCACCCAAUACUAGAGAGCCUAUAUAAGCUUAUAUAGGCUCUCUACCCAAUACCAUGUAGGACGUAGGUAAUUAUCGUACUGUAUAUUAUUGUUUACAUCAUUUGGACCAUAUUUUAUAUAGUACGGUUUUAAAUCUAUGUAAACAAUAGACGUAUUUAAAAUAAAGCAAACUCUAUGUAAUUUUAUUUUAUUUUUAUUGUGCUCAUUAAGGUAGGUAUACAAAAAGUGCCCAAUGUAUUGAAUAUGUCCAAAAAGUUUUAAAAUAUUAUUUUAUUAUUUACCUAUUCAAAUUGAAUAGUUAUUAUUUGUUUCUGUCUAAAAUGAGAAUAUUUAAUUAAUCGUGUAAAAAUGUUGUACAGUAUAUAAUUAUUAAUUAAAUAUUUAAAAAAAAUAUUUUCACUUAGGGCUAGCAAAAUAGCGCCGGGGCACAAUGUUUUUCACAUCCUACGAGCAGGUCUAAGUCGGCCUAUAAUUAAUUUACACGAUGACGGGCUGUUACUAAUUUAAAAAAAAAUUGAUUGAUUAUUGCAAUAUUAUAAUAUAUGUUAAUUGGUUGAGAGUCCGUCGUUCGGAGGGAUCGUGUGAUUUUUUACGUAGUUAAACUUGAACAGACUUGACAUGCUGUCAUGGAACAAAAACUUAUGUACCUGUGCGAUCUCCAUGACGUCGUUGUAUGACUAAAAUUAAAUCAAUACUUCGCCACUUCGGAUGUGCGCCGCGGCCCAGUGCCCACAGUUUUUAGUACGUUGCGUACUGUUUUAUUAUGUUUUUGUUUUGACCGUCCCCGACUCCCGAGCGCGUAAUAUUAUGGUACGCAAUUAAUAAUGACUGAGUCGUGUAAAUGGCUACUAACGGCGGCGAGGAAGGAAGUCUGUUUGAUUUGGACACAGUGCGGUCAUUACAUAAGACAGUAAUUGCUCUGAGAACGGCUCUUGAGCGAUCGAAAGCGGAGCUCGAGUUGGUGAAGAAGUCUUGUGGCGCCAUGGAUGAUAAAAAGAUUGUGUGUCAAAACUCUGAAGAAACUGAUGAGAUUGAGUUAAUAUUUACAACGGACGACAAUAUGAAUGUGUCACCUAAUGAAGAUCUUGUGUCUAUAGAUAAUGUUUUGGAAACUGAUAUAUCAAAGUGUGGAGCGAACUCCAAAGAAAUCACAAAUUCUAAAUAUCUCAGUCCAUUACGGCCUAUUUUAAAGGAUAUCACAUUAAAAACACAAGAAGUUGAAGCACAGACAGAUAUUACCGCUUUGCCCCUACAAUGGCGUUCUGAAGGAUUUUUAAUCAAUCAGGCCAAGACUACAUCAACAAAUACAACAUUACCAUCCAAAUUUAUUGUACCAGUUGACAAGAAUACGCGCAAACAAUGUUUGCGUGUAUCUAAAAAAACUACAGAAUCAAGAAGGGUCAUGUUGUCAGACAUUAAUUUUACAAGUAUGGUGCCAGAGUUAUCAAGGAGUGUUGAUCAUUUGUGUCGGCAACCAGGACCUCUCACUCGUGAACCAUCGAGAUCAAAAUUUCCGCGGAGUCCCGGUUAUUUUUCUGUUGGUUCAUCAUCUUCACGAUAUGAUUUUGGUUCUGUAUUUUCUGUACAUUCGUCAUGUUACCGAUGUCAAGUAAGACCGUCAGUUAUGUCAUUGGAAGCACGACACAAUGCAUCGUGGUCAUCAGUACCAUCUUCUCCAACUAAAUGCCGGCGAUCAGCAAGUGUUCCAUGUGAACCAUGUGCAUCAUUACAAGAUGUGAAGUACUCAUCUACUGCUACAUUAAAAGCAGAAGAUGAAGUACCAAAGAAAAUCAAAAACAGAGUAUCAUUUAAAGAAUCAGGGAAAUUGCGUUUGUCAAUGCCGGAUUUAAGGAAAUCAGAAGGAGACUCAACUGAUUCACUUAUAGAAGAAUCUGAAUGUGUUGUUCGUAAUGCUAUAGACUGUCUCAUCACUGGAUGUCCCACGGGUAUCAAGGAAUGUAAAAAGCACAGACGUUAUUCAGAACCGUAUCACGUGAACAUAGAGUGUUGUUCAAUGAAAGUGCAUGGCAAGCCAUAUUUGCCAAAGUCCAUUUACGAUCUUCAAUUGAACGCCUAUGUCAAAGUUAUUACAAGCUUUGGUAAAGUAGUUGGUGGGCGACUGCGAUAUAUAGGUCACGUAGCGACUAUGACAGAACCACUAGUAGGAGUACAAUUUGAUCAAAAGAUUGGUGACUGUGAUGGAUCUUUAAAUGGGAUCAGAUAUUUUGAGUGUGGAAUCAAUAACGGACAAUUUGUUCCAUUUCAAAAGAUUGUUAUGGCUUGGAGAGAUAUUUAAACA